CUUGCAUUGUUUAAUUAACUGCAAUUUAAUUAAACAUCAGCGCUAAAUGUAGUCAAUAUAUAGUCGCUGCUUCCUGAUUUGAUUGAGAGCUAUUGUAAACGCUGCUCUCGGGUAACAAAAUGUACCGCAGGCAAGGAUCCCAAGUAAAAAAACUGGCAUUCAUUUAAGAAUUAGAAGCGUCGCAAAGUACAAGCAAGUACACGCUGUUACCUAUGGGAGAGGAGGGCACGGCAAAAAAUGUCAAAGCUGCGACAAAAACAACAAGCCAGUCGGACACUGACACAACAGGCAACAAAACUAAUGGCAUUAGCAAUGAAAAUGGAGCAGCUCUAAGUGACGGAUAUAACGACGGCACCAAAGCUGAUAAAAAGCCUGUAUCCAAAAUACGCAUUGUGCCGCUAGAAAAAUUGUUAGCCAAGCCGCAAAAUAAGGAACUGAGGAGUCCCAUAACUUCCUCCAAACUACUGUCUCGCCCCAGCACGGAGAAAAGAAGCGCUAGGUUACCGCCACGCCGGAGCAGAAACAAAAACGUCUCUAUAAUCGAACUGACCGACAGUGAAGUAUCUGAAGAGGAGGAGCAGUCAGAUCAGUCAGAGCAGCAACAGCAAGAGAAGCGACAGGAGUCAGUAAUAAAGACAAAGACCGAACGCACAAUUCGCAGCGAUUCCAGCUCUGAGGAACUGUCGACAAAAGUGACAAAAAAACGAACAACGCGAGGCAUAAAUUCAAAUCAGCCUGCGGCCAAGCGUAGAUGCGAAGCUCGUUCCAACACAAGCACUAGCAGUAGUAGCGAGACCAUUAAUAGAAGAGGCCAAAAUAACCGACAACUCAAGGUGCUGGGCGACAGCGAGGAAAGCUGCGGUGCGAGUGUAGUGGGCGAUCACGGAAGUGCGCCAAAAAAGCUACGCCGCUGCGUGGUACGUGUGAAGCGCUUGAAACUUACGAUUUCGACAUCAAACAAAGAAACAAAGAAUCACAAGGAUAAGCAUAGGCAGUGCUCGGCUACACCAGGUGCAAUAUCCGAGAGCAAUAAAAUGAGCACCGACGCUGAAACUGAGAAAGCUACGACCUCAACGUUAGCGGCUAAACGUCAGCGACGCAAAAAAAGCGAUAGCAAUGCAGAGGACAGUGACUAUGAACAGGAGCACGAGGAGGAGCAUCAGGCUGAGUCCGAGACAGAUCAAAAAUCCGAUGCUGAUCCAGACCACGACGAAGAUGCCAAUAGUAGUGGGAGUGAGGUAAUGCCGCAGCGCAAGAAGCGCAACUUUACAGGCAAAUCAAAGAAAAAUAGCGAUGCCGAGUCCAAUAACUCCUCGGAUUUUGAGCCAGAUGAAAAGAAAAAAAAGAAACGUAAGCGAAUCAAAAAAAAUUCGAGUGACGAAAGCGACGGUGAUGGCGAUGAGAAGAAUAAAAAUAAACGUAAACACAUACGCAAAAUUAUCAAGACCAAGGAUUUGGAUGUAAGCACUAAGGAAGCGGCUAAAGAAGAGGAAGAGCGCCGCAAACGCAUCGAGGAACGCCAAAAGUUAUAUAAUCGCAUAUUUGAAAAGUCGGAGAGUGUGGAAAUCAACGAAUUGGUGCUGGACUUCGAUGAGGAAUCACAGAAGACAUUGCUCCAAGUAGACAAGGGACUGCUAAAGAAGCUCAAGCCACAUCAAGUGGCUGGCGUUAAGUUUAUGUGGGAUGCAUGCUUUGAAACCAUAAAGGAUAUUGAGGAGAAGCCCGGAUCGGGCUGCAUCUUGGCCCAUUGCAUGGGACUGGGCAAGACGCUGCAGGUCGUGACUCUCACCCAUACGCUGCUCUCCAACACGCGACGAACGGGCGUGGAGCGUGUGCUCGUCAUCUCUCCUCUGAGCACUGUAAACAAUUGGGCGCGUGAGUUCGUCCAUUGGAUGGCUUUUGCACAUAAACGCGAUAUUGAGGUCUACGACAUUUCACGUUAUAAGGACAAACCAACGCGUAUCUUCAAGCUGAACGAGUGGUUCGAGGAGGGCGGCGUUUGCAUCCUCGGCUAUGAUAUGUACCGUAUACUGGCCAAUGAGAAGGCCAAGGGCUUGCGUAAAAAACAGCGAGAACAGCUGCAACAGGCACUUGUCGAUCCUGGCCCUGAUUUGGUCGUCUGCGAUGAGGGCCAUCUGUUGAAGAACGAGAAGACCUCGAUCAGCAAGGCCGUUACACGCAUGCGGACCAAGCGGCGUGUCGUGCUCACGGGCACCCCACUUCAAAAUAAUCUCAAAGAAUAUUAUUGUAUGAUUCAGUUCGUCAAGCCAAAUUUGCUAGGCACUUACAAGGAGUAUAUGAACCGGUUUGUCAAUCCCAUUAGCAAUGGCCAAUAUACAGACUCCACAGAACGUGAUUUGCGUUUAAUGAAGCAUCGCUCGCACAUUUUGCACAAACUUCUCGAAGGUUGCAUUCAGCGACGUGACUACUCUGUGCUCGCACCCUAUUUGCCACCCAAGCACGAGUAUGUGGUGUAUACCACUCUUUCGGACCUGCAGCAAACACUUUAUGAAUACUACAUGACCACGUAUCGAGAUCAGAGCAGCUCAGACAUUUGCGGCAAGGGUGCGCGUCUGUUCCAGGACUUUCAGGACUUGCGUCGAAUUUGGACGCAUCCAAUGAAUCUGCGAGUUAACAGCGAUAAUGUCAUCGCAAAGCGACUGCUGAGCAACGAUGAUUCCGAUUUGGAAGGUUUCAUAUGUGAUGAAACCGAUGAAGAAGAGGCCGCAUCCAACUCAACGGACAGCAGCAGUGAAUCCUUUAAAUCAUCGGCAAGCAAUUCACUUGCCAUUGCAGGUGGUAGCAAAAUGAAGAAGCGAAAGACUCGCAAUGGCACUCGUUCCGGUGUUAUAGACAGUGAUUCGGAUAUGGAAAUGCAGAUCGGUGCUGGUGGAUCCAAUGCCCAAAAGGACGAUCCCUCCGAAUGGUGGAAGCCAUUCGUCGAGGAGAAGGAACUGAACAACAUAAAUCAUUCCCCAAAGCUGCUAAUCCUAAUGCGAUUGUUGCAGCAGUGCGAAGCAAUUGGUGAUAAACUAUUGGUCUUCUCACAAUCACUGCAGUCGCUCGAUGUUAUUGAGCAUUUUCUCUCACUGGUAGAUAGCAACACUAAAGGCUAUGAGUACGAGGGAGAUGUAUGCAAUUGCAAGGGUUGCUGGUCACCUGGCGAGGACUAUUUUCGUUUGGACGGAUCCUGCUCAGUGGAACAACGCGAGGCCAUGUGCAAGAAGUUCAACAAUCCCACCAACUUGCGGGCUCGUCUGUUUCUGAUAUCAACGCGCGCCGGCGGUUUGGGCAUAAAUCUUGUGGCUGCCAAUCGUGUGGUCAUUUUCGAUGUCUCCUGGAAUCCCUCACACGAUACGCAAAGUAUAUUUCGUGUGUAUCGCUUUGGUCAGGUCAAGCCCUGCUAUAUUUAUCGACUAAUAGCAAUGGGCACCAUGGAGCAGAAAGUGUACGACCGCCAAGUGGCCAAACAGGCCACAGCCAAGCGUGUAAUUGAUGAACAGCAGAUUUCAAGGCAUUACAAUCAAACGGAUUUAAUGGAGCUUUACUCAUACGAGCUGAAGCCGAGCGUCGAACGAGAAAUGCCCAUUCUGCCGAAGGAUCGAUUGUUCGCCGAGCUCUUGACCGAGCACGAGAAGCUAAUAUUUAAAUAUCAUGAACACGACUCAUUGCUGGAGCAAGAGGAGCAUGAGAACCUAACGGAGGAGGAGCGCAAAUCGGCCUGGGCUGAAUACGAGGCGGAAAAGACGCGCACUGUGCAAACGUCACAAUAUAUGAGCUAUGAUCGCGGUGCCUUUGGAGCCCAGGUGGUGGCCAAUCAGUUUGGCAAUGCAUCGGGCAGUGUCACAUCGAACAAGAUUUUCGGUUUCCGCUCGGACAUUUUGCUGCAAUUGCUGAACAUGAAGAUUUCCAAAGAUCACCCAGAGCUAACGCAGAACCAGGUCAUCCAAUUGGUGCCUAGCUAUUUGCAGCAACUUUACAAUGAGAUGAAUAAUGGUGAUCCUACCAUGUACAAGGACUUACUUCAACUACAUGCGAACAUUGUGCAUCCUAGUGGCAUGUAUAUGAACCCAUUGCUAUAUGCCAAUCAAAAUCCAUCGGCUGCGGGCUAUCAACAGGGCUCAGCUAUGGCCACAGGAGCGGUUCAGCAAGUGCCACCAGCGUCCAAUCCCAAUGCGCCAGGCUUUGAGGCGGACAAGGUAUACGAGAUUGAUUAGAACGCUGCCAUGGCUGGCGUACGCUUCAUCAUUUUCAACAAUUAUUAUUAUGAUUAUUUCAUUUUGAAUUUAAAACGUAGUUAAUUGACGACGAUACUUGUACGUUGGCAACAUUGAUCGCCGCGUAUCCUUUACCUAAAA